GAGCCAGUGGUGCAUUGUGAUUUAAAGCCUAGCAACAUUUUGCUAGAUCAAAACAUGGUUGGCCAUUUAAGUGAUUUUGGGAUAGCGAAAUUGUUAGGUGCAGAGGAUUGUUUUAGUCAAACUAACACUAUUGGGACCAUUGGAUACAUUGCGCCAGAGUAUGGCCAAGAUGGACUUGUAUCAACAAGUUGCGACGUGUAUAGCUUUGGUAUUGUGAUGAUGGAAGCAUUCACAAGGAAGAGGCCUAGUGAUGAAAUGUUUACUGGAGAUUUGAGCCUAAAACAAUGGGUAAACGACUCGCUUCCUUCUGGAGUUACACAACUAGUGGAUGCAGAUUUGAUGAGACCAAAGAAAGAACCUCUAGAUGCAGAGAUGCAAUGCUUGGUUUCUGUCAUGGAAUUGGCUUUAAGCUGCACUUCAGUGUCACCAGAUGCAAGAAUCAACAUGAAAGAAGCUCUUUUGGCGCUCAACAAGAUAAGACUUCAACUGGUCACCAAGCUGAACAUUGAAGUAAGGCUGAAUCCAGAAAGUUCGUUCCAAUAGAAUUUGGAGAAGGGCUUGUUAUAAUAAGAGUAGAAUAAAGAUAACAGGAAGCAACCUCUUGUUGCUGUCUGUAGGCCUACCUUAUUUAUUUGUUAGCAAGUCACCUUUAUACUUCCACCAUGUGAAUUGAUUAGCAUUAUUUAAUAAUUUGAAAGCAGGACUAAAGAAA